CAUCGAAACUAUUUUACUGACAGCGAAAAGUUAUGUGUUACUACUAUCCCUAUUUACUAUGUACAGAUAUGCUAUCGAAGCCAAUCGUCUGUGAUUGCCGAUCUUGGAAAGCUGAUCGUCGACAACUGUCCGCCUAUGCUUUGUACAGGAUUAGAUUGCGCCGUGGUCACAGAACGAAAUGGUUGCCAAGCUGGCUCUGAACUCAUAGGGAUCGCUAAAACUAAGCACAAUGGAAAGAUUAUAUUGGGCUUAUCGCUGUUUUUGCUCUCAAAGUGGGCAAACCUCUUCCAGUCAUCGUUUAUAACAUCACGUGUUUCCACGAAACUGGCAUCAAUAAGGUCCCGUAAGCACUGUAACUACUAUUACAUUUGCGUACAGCAGAGAGCAAAAAAGGAGAUUUAG